AUGCACCACCCUCCAACACCCUCACCAUCAUCGGGCGCCCGUACUCGCACUACAAAUCCACUCCGCCCAAUGGUCCCGCGAUUACAACCCUCCGCAGAAGCUAUCCCAUCCGAGCCAAGCGUCCCAGAGGCUGUCUCGGCCGCUGCACCUGAGCCUGUUGCCGCGGAGCCCUCUGUGGCUUUGGACGUGGCCUCCACACCUUCGCCAGAUGCUGCGCUCUCCCCGGUCCUCUCGGACGCGCUCCCCACGGAGGUGCUAUCUUCAAUUCCGUCCCCCUUGACCUAUGGCGACCUCGCUGCAAUGGGGCUUGCCAGCUGGACGCCCGCGGGCAUCUGCCGGUGGGGUAUGGAGCUCAUCCAGGUCUCGACGGGCCUGCCAUGGUUCUGGACGAUUGUUGGCGCGACGUUCGCGUCGCGCGUCCUGCUCUUCCCAUUCACCGUGAAGCAGAUGCGGAGUACGGCCGCGCUCGCGCCGUACCAGGCGGACAUCGCGUCGAUUCGUGACGAGAUGGCCACCGCGCAGACGAAGAAGGACAUGCUCGCGAUGCAGCGCGCCGCGCUUCGCCAGAAGAUGAUCUACGAGAAGGCGGGUGUGAGCAUCGGCGGGAUGGCGCUCGCGCCGUUCGUGCAGCUGCCCGUCACGCUCGGCAUGUUCUUUGGCGUGAAGAAGUUGUGCGACUUGCCCGUUGAGCAGCUCAAGUUCAGUGGCUUUGAGUGGGUGCCCGACCUUACCGUCCUGGACCCCACGUACACGCUGCCCAUCAUCGCGACUGUUCUGAUGAACGUCCAAAUCUCGGUGUCCAUGCGUGACCUUGUCGGCCAGACACCGCAGAUGGGCCACAUCAUGAACUUCCUCCGCAUCCUCACCACCGGGUCUGUCUUCCUCAUGGCGAACCUGACCUCUGGCGUGCUCGUCUACCUCAUCUCGAGUAUCACCGCGAUGACCCUCCAGAGCCUCAUCCUUCGCCAGCCUGCGGUACGCCGCGCGCUGAGCAUCCCCCUCAUUCCCGCGCACCUCAGCACGCCCGCACCGUCCAUGCGCGAGUCCCUCCAAUACGCGCGCAAGUGGUGGGACGACAAGGUCGCGGACGCGCGUGCCGCUCCCAGGCGCUGA